AUGUGUUAUCUUUACAUAGGCGUGGUGACUUCCCCGAAAAGGAAAAGGCUGACCGAGUCCAGCAAACCCUGGCCUCACCAGGACCAAGACCCCGAGUCCCCAGGCUUCCGCUGUCUCCAAGGCUUGGUAAACCUGAACCCCGGUGGGCCCGACGAUGGCGGCCUCAUCGUCUGCAAAGGCGGACACAAGUUCUCCGAACAAUUCCACCGCGAGAUGGCCGACGAGCCACGUAUCCCCGCCUGGACUAAAGAAUGGUUCGGAUUCACCGAGAACGGCAUGAAAUGGCUCAAAGACCACGGACUGGAAUGGGAAAAGGUCUGCGUCGAACCAGGCGACUUGAUCGUCUGGGAUAGCCGAACCCCACAUUACAAUGUUCCGCCCACUGGCAAGAAUGAUCGCCUGGCUGUCUACACAUGCUACAUGCCUGUUGCCGAUGCCUCACAGGAAGAUUUGAUUAAGAAGAAAGAGGCUUUUGAAAAACGUCUUGGUACUACGCAUUGGCCGAAUGCCCAGCAUGUCGCACCCACUAAUAUUGCCAUGCGUGACGGUGCUCCUUGUCCUAAGGCUCGCGAGGUGCCGGUUGAGGAACCUGUGCUUGGUGAGCGGGCCUUCCGGCUUACUGGUAUUCCGUAUAUCAAGCAAGAGGCAUAG